UGUCAUGACAGUAUUUCAACAGAUCUUGUUCCUCGCCCAAAAGAAGUCAUAGUGUACGACAUAUCAGAUCCUGUUUAUCGCUCAGAAUACCCUCGGAAAGAGUAUCGCCCUACUAUUUUGGCUCUAAGGAAAGGAAACAUCCUCACACGGCAAGACAUGUUUACAGGUGAAACGUAUGAUAGCACUUACUUAGGAGAAAUGAAGGCAGCUUCAAUGAGUUCUAGUUUUAUGCAAGAUUUGUUGAUUAUCAAGUCUGCAAAACUCACCUUUGACACUGGAAAUGAACGAGAGUACUUUUUUCAUUUUAAAGUCUUUCAGAUGCAUCCAUUUGGUCUCAUUUCAUCAUUUAGAAUUGAUGGCUCAGUUUUUCCAGCCCACCCCCAUAAGCAUUCUUAUGGUAAACUGAGGAGUGUUGAAGUUCAUGAUGGAAUGUUGCUGGUUAUGACAAAAAGAGAAUUUACUUUGGUGUAUGAUGCCCAGAGUAUCACUAAGAGGUACUUUAUUUCUGUUUAUUUGUAA